CCCACACUUCACCCCCAAGUACAAUACGCGCGCAACGAAAUUCUUGAAAAGGUCACGUGACGAGGCAGCUCACCAGCGCGCGGGCGCGGUUCCCGAUGCGAGACGAUGGAGAAACUGCCAGUUGUGACGUAAAUGGAACACGGCAUCAGUUCCGAACUGUCCGCGACCCUGCAGCGCAUCGGUACGUUAAGAAGUCCGUGUAGAAACACCUCAGAAGAAGGUUCCGGGUCAGGCGACGGACCAACAUGUUCCGGAUGUGACGUAGGUACGUUCGCUGAAAGACGUCGCAAGUGUACAAAGUUCGUCAUGACCAGAAUCUGAAGAAGGCUUUCCAUAUGGCGACCAGUCGAGUUGUGGAAGUUUACCUGGACCUUCUGUCGCAGCCCUGCCGGGCCGUGAAAAUCCUUCUGGACCGAACCAAGAUCCCGCACCGAGUCCGGACUGUGGCCUUGCGCAAAGGAGAAAACCGAAGUCCAGAAUUCAGCAAGCUCAACCCCAUGAUGAAGGUUCCGGUUCUGGUGGACAACAAGUUCGUUCUGACUGAAAGUGAUGCGAUCAUGAAGUAUCUGGUCACUAAGUACGAUGUCCCGGAUCACUGGUACCCUCGGCACCCGGAGCGGCGGGCACGGGUGGACGAGUACACAUCGUGGCAUCAGACCAACACUCGGCCACACGCGGCCAAAGUCUUCAUCCUGGAGGUGCUGUUGCCGGCUCAAGGGGGCACUGCAGUGGACCAAGGCCGCCUGGACUCUGCACUGGCUCAGCUGGACCACACUCUAGACAAGCUGGAGAGCAUGUUCCUGCGCCGGCAGCCUUUCCUGUGCGGGGAUGACAUCACCGUGGCCGACCUGCUGGCCGUGUGUGAACUCAUGCAGCCACUCGGAGGGAACAGAGACGUGCUGCAGCGCCGCCCCCUGCUACAGAGCUGGAGAACCCGCGUCCAGUCGGCAGUCGGCGAGGCUUUCGACGAAGCACAUGCGGUGCUGUACGCCGUCAGAGACCGACAGAGAGCGCGGCUGUGACGUCACGCUCGUGUGAUGAUGGCAGUCUGAGUAACCACUAAAGUGUGUUGUAAAUGAGUGGCU